AUGUUAGCAUUGCAAUUGAGAGCCUAUUUGGCACUGACGUUUGCGAUUUGCUUGUCGUUUGUCCACGGAUGUUACGAUCACCGACUAAAUCCUCGACGUUCAGCAGACGAGGAUCCCAUUAACAAUGACCAGUCUAUAGUCCCGAAGCACACAAUUUUGGCACCUCUGGUUGAUCUUGAUGUUGGACCCAUCACAGUUAGUGUGAACACCUCUUCUGCAGUCACUGCAUCGCAAGAAUUUGCGCCGCCUUCGCCAUUUGCCGCCGCAUCAGUUAGCAGCACAGUCUUGGUAAUUGCUCGGGAUAAAUCUUCGGCUUAUUCUGCAUAUUCAGGACUGAAUGAUCUCGGCAUACCCUACUCGGUGUUGCUGGUCCCAGCCAACGGAGCCUCCCUGCCUAAACUUAAUGACUCGGUCACACAAGGUAACUUUGGUCUUAUUGUAGUUCAAUCAGAAGUCAGUUACCUUAACACCAAGACGGGAGAAUACACCAGUGCUCUCACGGACCAACAAUGGGCAUCCAUCUACGCUUAUCAAGUUUCAUUUGGUGUCCGUCUAGUACGAUUGGAUGUUACUCCAUCGGCAUCUACUGGAACGGUAUCUAUAGGCGGUUGCUGCUCAAAAGGAGACCAACAAGUAUCUAUCUCCAAUGAUACUGGAUUUACUACCGCAGGGCUCAAAAUGUACGUUUUCGACAUAUGGUUACUCACUGCAAUAUACCAAUAAUACUUCUAGCGCAGCGGGUGUCACGACGACUGGCCUAUGGCAUUAUUUGGCGAACAUAACCGAUAGUUCAAUCGCAACAGAGUUUGCACAAUUUUCCACUGCAACUGCAGAUGGCUUCAAGACCAAAUCAACGGCCGGCGUGAUCAAUAGGACUAAAGGCAGGGAGCAGGUGGAUUUCGCGCUUUUCUCGUUUCGUUCAAAAGCUUACUUUAAACUAGAUGGUUUUCUUCAUUGGUUUCUCUACUGAUUGGAGUGUAACCUCAAACUUUCUGCAACAUGCUUGGAUUCAUUGGGGUACUAGGGGACUAUGUUGGUAGCAUUAUCUCAAAGCUUCAAUCCAAAUAUGCUAAAAUCAAGCAGAUUCUGGUUAUCGCAGAGCCAUGAUGACUCCUCAAGGUACGUUGACUCGAUCCAAGUUUGGUAUACCCGAAUUUCAGCUGAUGUAUGAUAGUUGAUGACAUGUUCCUGUAAGAACACGAUUCCCACUUACAAUCAUGGUGCUAACGUGGUAGUGAAACUCCUCUCUUUGAUGCACCUACUACAAAUUUUAGACUUCUUCCUGAAGACUUGGAUAUGCACGUUCAGUGGAUGGAUUCUGUAAGGUCUACGCUCAAUUCUGGAAGCGACUGGUUCAUUGAAAUUGGGCAUAAUGGAAAUGGAAAUAUUGAGGUUAGUCAGUUCAAACUUGCAGGCUUAUUAUCAACUAAGAAAAUUAUGAAAAAAGGAUUCUGAGAAGAGGAGGGAAGCUGCUUCUUGUAGACCAGGACCAAGUAGGUGAUUCUUUGGACGUCUUUCAAAACUCAGCCACGUGAUUUCGCCUGCUAAAUGCAAACAGUUGAAUACGCCGACCAAGUAGAUACUCCAAUUGAAUUUGUUAAGCCUCUUGGUAGCGGUACGGACUUAUGGCCGGCGACUCUGACCGAAUAUCCAAAGUAUUCAACGUCAUGCACUGGCAACGAUGAAUUGUUGAAUUGGUUCCAAGAUUCUUCAAACCUCAAUGCUUUCGCACAUGUUUCUCAUACCUUUACUCAUGAAGAUCUAAAUAAUGCUACAUACGCAGAUACCUACAAAGAAAUCACAUGGAACACUGCAUGGAUGAAGGAUGUGGGUAUCUCAAAGGCAAAAAGGUUUAGUCCUAUUGGCUUGAUCCCCCCGGCUAUCACUGGAAUGCACAAUGGCGAUGCGAUCAAGGGUUGGGUUGAUGCCGGUAUCAAGAAUGUUGUUGGAGAUAAUACCCGCUCAAUACUUUUGAACCAGGCACGUUCACAUAUCUCAUUACUCUUUACUCACAUGCUUACGUCUACUUUCAGCAAAAUGAGCAUUGGCCACUCUUCUCAACAGUUGCAACAAAUGGCUACGAAGGUGUGCAAAUUACCCCGCGAUGGGCGUCCAAUAUCUACUACAAUGUUUGUUUAAGUGAUCUCAUGAGAAGUGACUCUAUUGCUGAUUCAGUUCGUAGUGCGAUUUGCCAGAUUGCACUACUGCAGAAUGGAAACAAUACUCUGCUGGGAAUGGAACCUUCACAGAUCUUUUGGCUCUAGAGCAAAGCGUCAACGUGCGCCAUUUAUUGGGACUACAUCACGAUGCUUUUAUGUUUCGUCAGUAUUUAUUUUCUUUGUUGACGGAUUAUAAUCCAUUAUCUUUGAAGCCUGAGUACUGACCAGGUGUAGACCAAGCAAAUAUGAGGGUUAGUGACGUUGAUGACAUUACUAUUAAUGGGGUUCGGGGUCAAUAUUCUCUUCUCGUGGCAUGGGUAGAAACGGUGGUCCCGGAAUUUGUUCGCUUGUAAGUUAUAUAUUCCUCGCUACUUCCCGACAUACUAAUAUCCCAUAGAGUCAAAUGGCCUCUGGUAUCAAAGAAACAUGACGACGUAAGUCUAUUCCGACAUUUAAAACUACUUCUGUGCUAAAUCUUUCGAUAGCUUGCUGCAUCAUUUCUCUCUCGAAUGAAUCGAGACGCUUGCAAACCAAACAUAAGUUGGAUAAUCGAUAACAGCAGACAAACCAUUACAGGAGCAACAGUAUCCGCUGGCAACAUGUCCUGCCCUGAAAAGCUGCCCUUCACAUUCCCUACAGCCGUCACCGAUACUCAAGGAGCAACGAAAGAACAGCUUGGCUCCGACCCGCUAACGCUUUGGGUCGUCUUGUCCGGCAAACCGAUAACUUUUACCUUUACAACCCCAAUUCCGAUCUACGGGUAAAGACACACUCUACUGAAGGAGAAAGAGUUAGCAUGACAGACGUCUUACUUUGCGUAUCAUCCAUUUCCCUGCUUCUAUCUAUAGAUAUUGCAUGGCAUAUUUGGUGACGAUCCCUGCUAGAGAAUUACAAGAAUGAUUAUUCUCCUUGUUGCAUAAUAAUAAAU